AUGACUGUAUUGUCGUGGUUGGUAUUGGUCGGAGCCUUAGGGCCAUUGAGAGCCGACGACCCUAUACCACUACAUAUCGGUGGAACAUUUCCUAUGGAAGCUGGCUCUGGUGGUUGGGCCGGCGGUCAGGCAUGCCUACCCGCUGUACAAAUGGCACUCGAAGAUGUGAAUAGCAGACCUGAUGUUUUACCAGGAUAUGUUCUCCAUAUGAACACCAGCAAUUCCAAGUGCCAACCUGGAUUAGCCACACAACAACUUUAUGACUUACUGUAUACACCUCCUACUAAAUUAAUGUUAUUAGCCGGAUGUUCGCCAGUUACUACUGUGAUAGCCGAGUCAGCACCUGUAUGGAAACUUGUUGUGGUCUCCUACGGUGCUAGCUCUCCAGCAUUGUCGAAUAGGGAACGAUUUCCGACGUUAUUUCGUACACAUCCAUCGGCCAACAUGCAAAAUCCGACAAGGAUGCGACUGUUCGAGAAGUUUCGUUGGAAAAAGAUCACGAUACUGCAAUCUGUCGAAGAAGUGUUUACAUCAACUGCAAAAGAUCUUGAGGAACUUGGACGAAGAAAAGGUAUUCGCGUUGAACGACAAAGUUUCUAUGGAGAUCCGACGGAUGCUAUGAAAACGCUGCGUAGACAGGAUGCACGAGUUAUCGUUGGUCUUUUCUAUGUCACGGAAGCUCGAAGAGUCCUUUGCCAGGCGUACCACCAUAAAUUAUAUGGCCGAAAGUACACAUGGUUUUUUAUCGGAUGGUAUGCGGAUACUUGGUACAUCCCACCACCUGAGGAACACCUGAACUGCACUGCCGAUCAGAUGGCCGAAGCUGCACAAUAUCACUUCACCACCGAGAGUGUGAUGUUAUCUCGUGAUGAAAACGCCACCAUUUCUGGAAUGACUGGUCGAGAAUUCCAGGCACGACUCACCUCGAUGCUUUCACCGGAUUCCGAUCCGGCAAAUACUGGAGGUUUUCCGGAAGCUCCACUUGCCUAUGAUGCUGUUUGGGCUUUGGCUCUGGCAUUCAACUGCACUCGGAAUCGACUCCCUCCAGGUGUCCGAUUGGAACAAUUCACCUACGACAAUCAAAUGAUGGCAGAUAUCCUAUUCGAGUGUGUCAAAAAUACCUUAUUCCGAGGAGUUUCGGGAAGAGUGAUGUUUUCGGACUCGGGAGACCGAAUCGCUCGGACCCAAAUUGAACAAAUGCAAAACGGUAAAUACGUCGUUAUGGGUUUUUACGAUACGACAACUCAGGAGUUGGAAUGGUAUAAUAAGGAGCAAUGGUAUUCCAGUAAAGGUCCCCCUCCAGAUUCGACAAUUAUUCGCGAGUCUAUCCUAACUGUUGCCAGUGAGCUCUAUUACGCUGUUUCCGUUUUUGCCUUCCUCGGAUUGGCUCUUGCAGCUGGGACUUUCAUUUUCAACAACAAAUAUGCAUUUAGGGGGAUUAUCGUCCAAUCUCAACCGCAAUGCAACAAUAUCAUGAUCACCGGUUGCUCGUUAUCCAUCGCUUCCUUGUUUUUGAUGGGUCUGCCUUCUGAAGGGAUCGCUUUGCCUCAAUCAGCAUUCUCUAUACUGUGCCAUUCUCGGAUAUCCAUCCUAAUGAUUGGUUUCACUUUUGCAUACGGGUCGAUGUUUGCCAAAGUAUGGAUAGUACAUCGAAUGAGCGCCAGUGAGAACCAACAGCUAGCCAGUCGUCAGAAGGACGAGUACAUAAACUCUAAUUUCCAGUACAAGCCAUUACUGAACACGUAUGAGGAGAAGGAGGACGGAUCGCCGUGGGAGAGUAUCCGAACGCUGAUUGCGUCAGUGGUCGGACGUCAAGCGUAUGUGGCUGCUGCACUUCGGAAAAUGUCGAAUAAUGCCUAUGGCACACUGGCCGUCUCCAGACGGAUCAACACUCUCAAUCAGCCUAUUCCUCCCGGGCGAUUCUAUACUGUGAUCGCAGCGUUCUUUGUUAUAGACUUAGUUAUUAUCGUUUGUUGGAUCGCCUUCGAUCCGUUACAACGAAUUGAACAGCGCUUUCCAUUACUGGAACCGCCAGUUGGUAGUGAUGAUGACGUUAUGUUACUGCCAAUUCUGGAAUUAUGUCAAAGUUCACAUCAAGAAGUGUGGAUAGGUCUAGUGCUUGGCUACAAAUGCCUGUUAUUGGUGUUUGGUUUGUUUCUCGCGUAUGAGUCUCGAAACCUCAAACUACGGUAUGUGAACGACUCUCGCCUCGUUGGUCUUGCCAUCUACAAUGUGGCGAUACUUUCACUAGUGACGGGUCCUGUCACGACACUUCUUAUCCGAAGUCAAGCAAAUGCUAAUUUUGCAUUUGUCGCCGUUACGGUUCUUUUAUGCACUUAUAUAUCAUUGGGACUUGUUUUCGUGCCGAAAUUGCGGUUUAUCUGUCGUGUUCCGCCUUCGGCUGAUGAGGCUCAUCCCAAUGGUAAUUCUGUAAUGCGGGGUUUGUCGAAAACCGAUCAAAAACGCUAUGAACAUCUGCGACAUGAGAACGAAGUUCUCCAGAAGCAAAUUGAUGAGAAAGAAAAACGGAUACGGCAGUGCAAGGAACGACUGGAAUGCCUGCUAAACAAGGAGGACGAUUUACUGUCAAUUUCGGGAGCGGCGAACAAUACCCGAAGUGUGUCCGAUGAAAAGGAAACGUUCUCCACUCCAACAACGCUCACAACUACUGCAUUGAUAGAGUUACAACCCAGCAAUGAAAAUACGGGUCGUUAUAUGGCAAUAGAGAACGACAAUUCGAGCUCGUCUUCGGACGAAAUUUUAUUGUGA